AUGCAGGCAGAACGAGGAGCCCGUGGCGGCCGCGGCCGGCGGCCCGACCGCGAUCGGCUAGGCGGGGAUCGUGACAGGGAUCGGGCAGGAGCUGCAGCAGCGGUGGCAAGAGGCGGCGGCGGAGACGGAGGAGGCCGCCGGGGCCGCGGCCGGGGCCAAGGGUUCCGCGGCGCCCGCAGAGGCCGAGGAGGAGGACCUCCGCGAGGCGGCCGUCGGGAGCCGAGAGGUCGCAGUGCAGGGGCCAGCGCACCGGUUGAAGAUGACAGUGAUGCAGAGACCUAUGGAGAAGAGAAUGAAGAACAGGGAAAUUACUCUAAAAGAAAAAUUGUCUCUAACUGGGAUCGAUAUCAAGAUACAGAAAAAGAGGUUGAUAAUGAAAGUGGAGAAUCCCAGAGGGGGACAGAUUUCAGCGUCCUCCUUAGCUCUGCAGGGGACUCCUUCUCACAGUUUCGGUUUGCUGAAGAGAAAGAGUGGGAUAGUGAAGUGUCAUGUCCAAAACAGAAUUCAGCCUUUUAUGUGGACUGUGAGUCACUGGUUAAAGCUCUUCAAGAACUGCCCCUUUCACUCCGACUCAAUGUUGCUGCUGAAUUGGUCCAGAACACAGUUCCUUUAGAGCUUCCUCAGGUGAAACCAAAAAGAAACAGUGAAGGCAAAGGACUAGGCAUGCAGUUAAAAGGGCCCAUGGGACCUGGAGGGAAAGAGUCUGCCUCUGAGCUGAGAUCUGCUACCACUUGCUCUGUGUACCUGGGUAGGGAGAGCUCAAGACCAGGGCCUUACGAGGGCUCUCAGAAACCUGCCUGCACACCACAGUCGGCAACAGACCACUUGGAAGAAGAACUCGAUCUGCUGCUUAAUUUAGAUGCUCCUAUAAAAGAGGGAGGUGACAUCCUACUAGAUCAGACAUCUGAAGAUUUGAAAUCGGAGGAAGACAGGAAGGUGGCUCAAGAGGAAGAAGUUCCUGUUAAACCAUGUAUGAUUAAAGACAAGACUCUGGGAUCUGAGCAACCGAGUACAUCAAAAAAUGUUACUGAGGAAGACCUUGAAGACUGGUUGGACAGCAUGAUUUCCUAA